AGACCUUUUUGGACCUCAAUUUCCUGCAUCACAACACUGUGCGAUGGAUCGGCAAAGCGUCAAAGCGCGGACAAUACCUUCCCGGCGGGCGCGAGCGGUACUUACAGUUACAAGUCUAUAUAGCGGACACCGGCUGCAGGAUCACGGCCACUCAUGUUCGACUAUCAGCGAGUAUGUUGCGCAUUUUAAUUUUGCUUCUCUUUCCACGCCUGUUUGCCGCCACGGUGCCGUCGGGAGUAACGUCGUACGCGAAGGUGUCGAGGAACGGCCAGCUAGCGAGAAGCUCUCACGACUCCUUCCCGUGGAUCAGCAGGCUUAUGCCUCAAGCGAGAAACGAUACGAGCAUGAACAACGAGAGCAGGAGUAUAAGUGACAUUGCCAUCACAGUGUCGCCCGUGUACGUGACACCCAAGAACCCGAAGUUGAAGAAGGGCGAGAUAAUCGAGCACCCGGUCGCUCCGAGAUACUCCACGUUGGAUCAUGAGAUGAUAGCCAAGCUGAACGUGGGCAAGAAGCAGAUCCAACAACGAUACAAUCCACCCGCGGCCGGCUUGUUCGGCCACGAUGACGCGCCCAUGAACGGUAGGCCGCAGAAAGGAACGAGCACGUCGAAUUCGGGAGGCUUCUCGGGAGUAAAUUCGUCCUCGUUUCCCGGCCCGAUCUCCUUGGCCAUGUACGAAUACGGUCCGCCAGAAUUUAUCGAAGACAAGCCGACGUCCAAGCCGAUGAUCAGCGUUCAGAAGUAUCCAUCUAUGCAAACGGACGAUAAGAUGCCGAACGGUUAUAAAUCACCGUCGAGCAAUUACCACGUCAAUGAUGCACCCGAAAUGGAGUAUCCCAACUUCGACGACGCUUCUUCGUACGAGAACGACGGGCCCGCGAAGAAACCCAUGAAGUUCCCCAACCAUCAAGAACGUCCGUUUCCAUUCGCGGAGAACUCGUACGGGCAUGACCAUCACGAUUUUCACCACGAGGUGAUCUACGAUCACUUGCCCGAGUACCAUCACAUUGAGCACACGACGCAGGAGCCGGAAAUGAACGAUCAGCGGCUCGACAAGCGGCCUUACUCAUAUUACUUCAUAGGGAAGAAGCUCUGGUACAUACCGCUGUACUUUAGCAUUUAUUUCAUUAUAUACAUAGCGGCGCUCGUGCUGAAGAGCAUCGCUAGGCACAAGAUCAACUUCCCGACGCAUCUGGCGGAGGCUGCGGGCCACUCCAAGAGAAGCGAGCCCGACGAGUGGUGGGAUUUCGCCGGGAGGAUACUCGACGGGGUGGAACGACUCGCCGAGGUGUCCGGUGCUUGGGACUCUUGAUCUUGGAAUAUGCGAUUAAGCGUCAAUUAAAAUUAAUUUAUAAUGUCAAAAUGCGCGCGACCGUUUUAGCGUAAGCAAUUAGCAAUUAAACUGAAAUCGACGAUAAUGAUGUAAAAGGUACAACCGUACACACGCGUCGCUUAGACUUAAGUGGAAUGUAUAUAUUAAGUAAGUGAGUAAAGAGAGAGAGAGAGAGAGAGAGAGGGUGAGAGACGACACGGUCGUUUCCAUUGUUUCCCGCUCUUUGUUCUCAAUGGAUUGCACAUGGUAGAUAAAUUGAGCAUCAGCGCGCGAUUUGAUCGCCCGCUUGUAAAAAUAA